UUGAGUUUGCUGAGAUUACCAUUGACAGGAUCAUGGUGGGCAGCAAGGUGCGAUACAAGUGUGAAGCUGGCUAUAGAAGGAUACUUGGGGAGAGUAACUUUAUUGUCUGUAUUAAUGAUACUGGGCUUAUUCACUGGACCACAAAAGCUUCUGUAUGUGAACGGGACUCCGGGGCUACUUCACAACAGUCAGAAAGAAAACCUGAGAAUCCAGUCACCAUAGUGCCAUCUGACACAGCAGGUUACUGUGGGAUACCCAGCCCUGUGGAACAUGCCACACCUACGGUGACACAUUAUGCCGUGGGUCAGGAACUGCAUUACAAGUGUCUGAGCGGUUAUAAUGCUCGACCCCCAACCUCUGAUAUCAGCACAUGUAAGGAAGAGCGUGGGAAAACCUUCUGGACCAGGCUAAGUCUGCUGUGCACUAAUGACAGCAAGAGUGGAGAAGAGAUGACACAACCGAUUCCAAUAACAGAUACAUCAGAGCUGUUCCAUGUCCCAUCAGUGAUGUUUCCUGUCACAGUUGCUGUCUCUGCUGUCUUCCCAAUCAUUUUCAUCAUUUUGGGGUGGAUCAUCGUACCGAAACUAUGGAGACGGAGGAGUUUGACAGAAGACGUAAAGAUUGAAAAGACCAAGUCCAUUCUAAUAACAGCAGCAAGAGUGGAAAUGGAGGACGAGGAGGAAGCUCACAGACUAAAAUCCAAUAUGUGAAGGAAGUAGCAGAUGUUUCACUUUAAUGCUCGAGUUGGAUUGCAGUGGGACAGACUGGUUCCUGCCUAGAGCCAAGCUAUCUGAGCUCUCAGUGCUAGGAAAAGACAUAUAGCACAUGGAAUAUGGGCUGUAUUGUUAUUAACAAAGAACUUCUUUCACGUUCAUUUCAAGUUGCUACUAUGUAUGUAUCUUGAAGAACAUUAGAGUUAAAAACCUAAACAAUUAAAAGUAUGGAAAUCACCUGUUAAGAGCAAGUAAAUACAUAUUCAAAUAUAUUCAUAGUUUAUAUAAUCUCUUUUUUAAAAGGAACAUGUGUAAAAUAUCACAUUGGAUAUUCCAGAAAUAGCCUUCAAUCUGCCCCUCUAUACCUGCCCAACCUGAAAUUGUUUACCAGAAAUGCUCUUCACCCUCCUCUCUUAUAUCAUAUGUAUUUCCAAUAGGGGCUAU